GGUUGGAGUUAUAUUUAACAAUUGAAACCCAGAGCUUCCCAUCUACCAAAGCUACUUGUCAAAAAUAAUUAUCGGGAACUUGAAAUACCCAAUCAUUACUAUUUGCAAAGCGUUGUCCCCCAUAUCUAAGCAGGUAUACUAAUUUCCACCAUGACAGUAGACUUGGUCAAGAAGACGUGCCUUUCACCAGGCUGUGAGAAUGAGGCGGAGUCUCUCCAGUGCCCAACAUGCCUGAAGCUGGGUAUCGAAAACAGCUACUUUUGUUCGCAAGAUUGCUUCAAAAGUGCUUGGGCUGAGCACAAGAAAACACACAAAGCUUUCCUAAACGGAUCGCAGAACGCAACGGGGACAUACAAUCCAUUCACUUCAUUCUACUUCACCGGGCCGUUGCGGCCAGUUUAUCCGCUGUCUCCGAGGCGCCAAGUUCCCAAGACGAUACGCCAUCCAGACUAUGCGAAAACGGGCAUUCCGACAAGCGAGUUGAAGCUCGCCAGAAACAAGAUCGAUAUCCUUGACGAUGAAGGACAAGAAGCUAUGCGUAAAGUCUGUAGGCUAGGUCGAGAAGUAUUGGACCUCUUGGCAGCCGAAGUCAGACCUGGUAUCACGACAGAUUACCUUGACGAGCUUUGCCACAAACUCUGUAUUGAACGAGAUUCCUAUCCUUCGCCAUUGAAUUAUAAGGACUAUCCCAAGUCGUUUUGCACGUCAAUCAACGAAGUGAUCUGCCACGGAAUACCGGACCAGCGUGUACUAGUCGAUGGCGAUAUUAUUAACUUGGACGUCAGUCUGUACCACGGAGGGUACCACGCUGAUCUUAACGAAACCUAUUACGUCGGCGACAAGGCAAAAGCGGACCCUGAUACUGUUAGAGUGGUCGAGACGGCAAGAGAGUGUCUAGAAGAAGCGAUCAAAGUUGUAAAGCCCGGAUAUCUAGUCAGGGACUUUGGCGCCAUCAUCGAGAAAUACGCGAAAUCCAAAGGUUGUAGUGUCGUGAGGGAUAUCGUCGGACACGGCGUCAACAUUCAUUUCCAUAGCCCACCUAACGUUCCCCACUACGCCCGGAACAAGGCUGUUGGUGUCUGCAAGGCUGGAAUGACAUUCACUAUUGAGCCUAUGGUUUCUUUGGGCAAGCAUCAAUUUGUGACCUGGCCUGAUAAUUGGACUAUCACCACGAUCGAUGGGAAGAAGUCGGCACAAUUCGAACAUACGCUGUUAGUGACGGAGACGGGCGUCGAAGUGUUGACUGCUCGGCUGCCAACAUCACCUGGCGGCGCUAUUCGUAUGCCGGAAGUUGCCUGACUGUUACUUUAGCGAUACUGGGGUUUCGUACGGAAUACAAAUUUCGAAAAAUAGAAUGAUUCUUUGCGCUAAGCCGAAUUUGUAUGUUUACUUAAAUGUCGACGACCGUAGCGUCAGUUUCACAGACCGUUAAGGCGGCGGAUAUUGUACCAUAAUAAUCCUAGCUCUUCAACAUCGUCCAAUAUAAUUUCCUGAAUAAAUAAGAGUUAAUCUAAUAG